UUGCGUGACUCGUGGAAUGCAUUUUCAGUUCUCAAAAAUAAUCAAUUCGAUAAAAUACCAUUUUUUAUUCUCUAUUGCUCAAGUUACAAUUUGGACUUUGAAAGUGAGUUUUUUUCGCAUCAAUAAAACCUUUCAAAGAGUUUUUUUUCGGAUUUCUCUAAAACUACUGACGAUAAAUCGCUUAGCCGUUUUUUUCAAUAUUUUUAUAGCGUUCACAGGGUGUAAUUUACUACCUCGAAUCGCUAGACCUCAAAUUUUUCAUUAAUUUUUGGGUAGAUCAAAAAUCAUUUUUCUCUAAAUCUCUCGUUUUUGCGUUGAAUUUCGUCGAUUUUAGUCCCACCCCUAAGAUCGUGUCAGGUCUCAAAAAAUGCGCGAAAUUUUUCGGGUAGCAAAUUACACCCUGUGCGUUGAGAUAAUAAGUUAAAUAGUACUUUUUGAAUGAAUCUCGGAAAAUACUUCUAAAUAUUUUUAGUCUUUGUAAAAUUUCAAAUACAUACAAAACAAAACUAAAAUUCCAAAAAUCUCAAUUUCUCGCAUCAUGCUCGCUUCACGCGAAUUUUUUAAAAUUUUUAUCAAAAAAACGUGAAUUCUUUUUAAAGCUUUUCGAAAAAUAGCUUUUCGGUACAAAAAUAAAUAAACAAAUGUGAAGAACAAAAAAAAAUUAAAACAAACUUUUUCAGAUAACCUGAAAUCAACAACAUCAACAAAUCUUGUCAGUUUGCUUCAUGUUUUCAAUUUUGGCAGAUCAUUUCAACAUUGUGAAAACUACAGUAUUCAAGAAUAA